UCAGUCAGCAGUUACUUAAACAAAGAAGAUAUUGAUAUAAACAACACGCAAUUGUUACAAAGAUAAAUGAACUUAAUUGUUAAUACUUAAAAAUUAAAAGUUAUCAAAGGUUUUAAAAUUAGUUUAAAACAUUGACUUUUAAGUGAUAUCCUGAUAACUGUUAACAAGAAUACAAAUGUACUAAACUUGAAUUCUCUGUAAAAAUGGCGACUCCAGGUGAUGAACAUGUACUUUCCUCGGAUCAAGUUUACGAUUUUGCCUGCUCAUCAUGUGAAGAAGACAAUGUUAAUACAGAGGCUCAGUUUUCUUGCAAGGAAUGUGAAAACUACCUCUGCAACAAGUGCAUAAAACUGCACAAUAAACUCUUCAAGAAGCAUGAGGUGCUCGGACGCUCUGAUGUCACAAAGUGGGUCAGGAAGAAGUGUGAAACCAGUCUGGAAAAGUGUGAAAAACACCCGGAGGAGAGUGUGAAGAUGGUGUGUGAGGACCAUGAUGAGCUUUGCUGCUCUCUCUGUGUUUCCCUUUCUCACAGAAUGUGUCGCAGCAUUAGACUCAUUGAUGAUUUAACAAAAGGAGUCAAAAAUACAGACCAAUUAAAAGACCUGACACAAAGGGUUAAAGCAAUUAACACAGAACUUAUUACAAUGAAAAAGAAAAGGCUUAGCAACAAGAAAGCUCUACAAGAUUCAGAUAAAAACCUUGUUCAGGAUAUUAAAACCAUCAGAGAAAAGUUCUUAGCAUCCCUUCAAGAGCUGGAAAUUGACAUUGGUGAAGAAAUGGAUACUCGAAAGGACAUAUUUGUAGGAAAGCUUCAAGAGGAUGUUACACAAUGUACAGAAAUGCAUGACAAGUUGAUUAAAACACUGGGCUAUUCUCAAUCGGAUGAUGAAAGGAUGUCUUACAUUGGCUAUAGAAGGUGUCAAGAACAGGUAAAAGAUGCAGAAAUAAGCCUGAAUAAAAUGUCAAAGAUACCAGAGUAUAAACUUUCAUUCAAGAUUGAGAAAGAUUUAGACAAUCUUUUUGACAGUUUAAAAAGUGUUGGCAAAGUAGUUUCUACUCCAAGCUUUGAUGAAUGUGAUUCAAAACCAGAACAAUUUGUCCAUGACACGAAAACAGAAACAAGCAGUACCACUGCAAGAAAAUGCUAUGAUCCAAACUAUGCGUUCACAACCAAAGCGACACACAUCCACAAUUUGAGGAUAAAAGAUGAGAAACCAUGCUCUAUUAAAGGAAUUUGUGAGCUACAGACAGGGGAAAUAGUGCUGGCCGACUGUGCCAAUAAUAAAAUGAAAGUUUUAAGUAGGGAGUUUAAAAUAGUCACUACUCUUAAUCUUCCACAACACACUGAAAAUAUGUGCAUUGUAGGUGGAAAUGAAGUUGCACUGGCAGUAGAUGAUGCUAAAAAGAAACAUGAAGUUCAUUUUAUAACAAUUGACAAAUUUGAAGAUAUUGAAGCAAAAUCUAUCAGCAAGUUUGCAGUGGCACACAACUGCAAUGCUGUAAGCUUUCACAAUGAUAACGUGUACGUUGGUUCAGAAUCGUCUGUUUACAUGUAUAGCAAAGAUGGGAUAAUAGUCAAACAGGUCUACCAUAAAUUGGGAUGGUCUCAAUGUACAGUGAACGGAAUCCACACCAGCAACAAUGGACAAAAAAUUUACAUCACAGACUCAUCGAACAACAAGGUGAUAACAGUUGAUAAUUCCGGAAAAAUAUUAUCAACAUGCGAGGAUCCAGAUCUACUGUUUCCUGUCAGUUUAUGUGUAAGCGAGCAUGGGCACCUAUUUGUCUGUGCAAUGGGGUCAAACUCAGUACUGCAAAUUGACAAGGAAGGGAGAAGGAAGUUAAGAACAUUAGUCAGUGGUGAAAAGGUCAGCAAGCCACUUGUAGUGUACUUUUCCACAAGGUCACAGCAGCUCAUGGUAGCUGGUAACACAAAUGAUUUACUUGUAGCUGACCUGAUAUAACUUAAAGUUACUUGCAGGUGACCUGAUUAACUUAAGGUUACUUGAAGCUGACCUGAUAUAACUUAAGGUUACUUAAAGCUGAUCCGAUAAAACUGUAAGCUAGUUGAAACUGACCUAAAAUAUGUUUACAUUAAUUGAAGCUUACCUUAGGUUACUUGAGGAUGACCUGAUAUAACUUAAGGUUACUUGAGGAUGACUUGAUAUAACUUUAGUUACUUGAGGAUGACCUGACCUGAUAUAACUUUAAGUUACUUGAGGAUCACCUGAUCUUAUAAUUAACCUUAAGUUUGAAGAUGCAACAUUCUUCCUAAGUUUUUUGUUUUCUUUGUCCUUUGUAAGCAUUGAAUGGUCAUAUGACUUAAUUUGGUGAAUAGCAUACUUAUAGCCACUGUCAAGAGCAGUGAUGACAAAAUUGUACUAACCAUUGCUGUUAGUUAACAGUCUCAAACAAACCAAGACUGCAUUUUCUUCCUUUGGAUCCCAUUUCUAAACUUUUCAAAAUAAAGGUUUAAAAAUAUCUGGGGGGAAUGUAAGGGGUUGUCUCUUAGUGAAAUUUUAAAUAUUUCUAUCAACAGUUUUUUUCUUUUUUUUUGCAAUUAAUCAUGAUUGUACAAAAUCAUUUGCCAACAUUUGCUUAUGUAAAGGUAUUUGUAUUCAUGCAUAUUCGGGCCAUCUUACGUACGCCAAAAUAUCGUCAGAAUAUGAAUUUCAGUUUAGGUUAUAUUUUACAGUUAUUACAACAUUAUAUUGAUCACUCUUGUUUGCACGAUGCUAUGCAAGAGUUUGGUCUUGUUUUGUGGAGGAAACCGGAGUACCUGUAAACCCACUUAUCCAGCUUGGUGACCACAAACCAACUCACAUGCGCCUAGACAUUGGAAUCAAACCUGGGUCGCCUAGUUGAGAAGUGAGUGUGCAAACAACUGCGCUUACCGGAAAACCAAUUUCAAUUUAAAAAAUAUUUAGUGAGUGUCACAAAUCAAACUAUAAGUUCUGAUUACAAGAUAUAUAAACUUUGCCUAAACUGACCUACAAAGCACUUGUAGGUUUUGAUAUAAAUAUUAUAACUAAUCAAAAAUAUUAAUUUGAAAGCGGCUAUCAUAAGAUAAGUGCAUUGAUAAGAUGGCCCUAUUUUGUACAUAUUAAUUAACAUACAUGAUAAUAUUCAAAUAUAUUGAUGAUAAUUGUUUUGUUUUAGUGUAUGAUAGUAAUAAAUUUCACCUAGUGAGCACGAAAAGCUAUAAUUCAUGAGUGAAAUAUACUAUUUUUGUGUUGUCGAGGUGAGAUAUAUUGUGAUCUUACACUGAAACAAGCAAUUUUUUUUAUUAUAUGCCUUAAAGGAAUUUAAAAGGACAGUUUAUUGUAGUCUUUCAGAAAAUCGUGUCAAAUUGUAUGCAAACACAACGUCAUUUUAGAAAUUACAUCGUUAAAAUUGCGUCACAGCCCUCUGCGUAUUGACUUUGAUUUAAAAGUGAGAGCAGGCGAAAAUUUCAAUACAGUGAAAAAUAUCAAGUAUAUAUCAUUUAUAUUUCUCUGAUAAACCUCUUUAAACCUCUUUAAACCACCAGAAAGCAUAUAAUAAAAUUGUCAAUUUAACUAUGCAGAAGAAAGUAUGUUUUUGCAAAUGGUAUCCUGAAUUGUGUAUCUUGUAUGCUUUAUAUAAAUGUAUAAAAGUUGUUUUUUUAUAAAUAAAUAUAC